AUUGAGAAAUAACAAAGCGAGUCAUGAAAAUCAAUAUUCAAAAAAUUACUAGAAAUAAUCCCUAAAUUAUCAACCCUAACUCUCUAUAUAUACAUACUAAUUAGGCGGGAAAACUCUUCGACUCCCUACACCACCGCCAUCGUAGCUCCUCUCCUCUCCGCCGUCCGAUCACAUCUCUCUCUACAAUGGACGUCACAGAUGAUCGGAAACUUGCUCCGUCGUCGGUAAUCGAUCACCGGACGAAGCUUCGUCGGCGCUGCGAGUUAGCCACCGUCCUCAAUUUCUUAACCGUGUUUGAGCCGUUGUUAAAGAGCAAAAUGAAAGUAACAGCUGAAGAUAUCGAGAUGGCGAUUAUUGAGCCCAACGAGUUGCUCUCGAAGCUGCACGUUAUGCUCUUAAAGGGUAUACCACCAGUAAGUAAGAUGUUGGAUCGUACUGAUGCUUGGGUGACUGUACUGUGUAAGAAACUGUCUGAUUGGUGGCCAUGGGUUGCUAAUGGGGAUCUUCCUCUUACUGUAAAUAAAGGGAAGGAGAUAUCUGAAUACAAAGAACUUGAACCAACAACCCGUCUAGUGGUACUUAAAGCGCUCUGUGAGAUCCGACUUCAGCAAGAUGACGCAGUGUCUUAUAUUAACAAUGCUAUGAAAACUGGAUCUGAGGUUUCUACAUUUCAGAAACAUAGGAUAUGUGGUGAUGAGAAAGGGACUUCAUACUGGGUUGAUGGGGAUGCUUCUAUAGGCUAUAGAUUGUACAAGGAAGUACGCAAGUUUGAAUCCAAGCAAAAUGAUGAAGGCGAUGGAUAUUUUCCAGCGAUAGAUAUUCAAUGGGAAACACUUGCAACCAGUCUUGAAGAAUUCCGUAAAGUUGUUGUUGACUUCUCGUCUAGUAAAAUAAAGUUGGAAGUUGAUGUUUGUAAGACUGUUGAAGCUAAUGUUCUUCCAGUACUUGAGAAACUACAUAAGAAGAGAGAAAGGGCGGUGAAACAACAAAAAAGUAGAGAAAUGAUUUUAAGUGGUUCUCAGUUUUCCGGUCUCACUCGUACAUGCCGGACUCGUACAGCCGUUUGUUACACAUUUGAUGAAUAUGACAAAAGAAUAAGUGAGGCCAUAAGUGUACAACAACAACAGACGAAAAAGAGGAAGACUACCAAGGAGCCGGUGGCAGUAAAAAAACACAGUGAUAAUGAGAAAGAAACUGAAACUGCUUCAGAGGAGACCAUGGACCGAAUAGAGGAGAGUGAACACUGUAAUUCUAAGAAGGAAACUGAAAAUACUUCACAAGAGAUACUUCAAUCGGACAUGAAAGUGCAAAAUGAUAUUGUUGCAGAUAGCGAAACUGAGAGCGAGAACCAUCAAGAUGUUGACAUUGAUGACAAUAUGCAAUCACAAGAUAUUGUUUCAGAUAGUGAAACUGAGAGUGAGAGUCAUCACGAUGGUGAUAUUGAUGACAACAGUGAUGUUGAAUGGGAUGAGGAUAUAAAUGAUGCUAGUAGUGAGGAUGGCAUUGCUUCAAACUCCUCUGACAAGGAAAAUAAAAACCUUGACAAGAACCAUGUUACAUGUGCACGCAGGAGACAGGGUUUGCCUCAGAGGAAGAGAGUAGCCGGGGUGGUCAGUCCUGCUCAAGAAAAUAGUAAUAAAGGUGCUAAAGCUCGGCCGAGGGGCCGACUUACCCGGAAGGACUCCCUUGAUUCAUUUGUUGCCCCUGAUUCGGAAGGAGAAAGCUCGCCAGCAGAUACCAGUGGUAGGAGUAGCAGUGGAAACUUGUCUGAUGAUAGUGUCCGCCGCUGAACUUUCGAAAAAAUCUUCUCUUUUUGUAGGGUUACAGGUUACCUACAGGCUAUCAUUUUACUUUUUGCAAAUAUAUGUAUAGGUCCUGUAGGACCAAAGCUCUUUUAUUUUGGCGAACUUGACCCAAACAGAAGGGAAGAUGUAGGUUUAUCGUUUACUAGUGGUAUACUUGAGCUAAUUUGUGUUGAGUAGUUGAAGGAAUGAGAGGAGGGUGGUGUUUGUGAUGAUUAUAUAUCUGAUCAGCUUGCCUUUCCUCCUCAACAGUGACUAUGUUGUGAACGUCUUUAAAUAUAUUUCGUUUGCUCGUA